AUGGAAUUAUUGGAAAAUGUUUAUUAUAGAGAAUCAUCAACGGUCAACAUAAUUUCUACUUCUGAACAUUCAAAAGACUUAGUUGAGAGUCUCUUAAGAGAAAUAAGCAGAAAUAUGUCAGUGAAUGUCGUCUUAGAAUCUCCCUCGAGUAUUCAACGAAACAACAGAAGAUUGUGCAACAUUUUCCUAUUUCAAUCUCAUGAAGAAUUCAUGAAAAUCUAUGAAAAGCUAACAACAGACUCGUUUGUGUUUCAAGGCUUCUACGCAAUAUUAUUGACUAACGAAAGAAAAGUGGAAGUUGAUGAAAUAUUCAAAAGCUUUUGGAUGAAACAAAUUCAUAACGUUUUGAUAUUUUAUUUCAAGGAUUUUCAAGUCAAAGUUCAAAAGUUUCAACCAUUUAACGAGAAGAAAUGCAACGAUACAAAAGCUGUUGACGUUGACAUGACAGAGAUCAAAGCGUCGUUUAGUUCAGGUCUGAGAGACUUGAAAAAAUGUUUGAUUAAAGUGUCAGCGCCUCAUAUUCCGCCAUUUAUCAUGACGAACGAGAAAAAUGAAAUUGUUGGUCGUGACAUUGACUUGAUCAAUGUAAUCGCUGAAGUUUUAAACUUCAAGAUUGAACUUCAAUAUCUGAACUAUUCGUUGGCUUUUGGGAUUCUCUAUAACAAUGGAACAGCCACAGGUGCAUUUAAAGAUUUAUUGGAGUCGAAAAGUGAUUUAAUCAUUGGAGAUUACUACUUGACACAAAGUCGAUUAAAUUUUCUAGAUGCAAGUUCGGCAUAUUUCAGUUCAGAAAUUGGGUUUGUGAUUCCACCACCGAUGAAUUUGAAACCGAUAGAAAAACUUUUGCAACCUUUUCAAUUAAACUUUUGGAUUCCAUUGAUGAUUUGUUUCUGCGUUAUUUUUUUCAUUGCAUUUGUUAUGAGAUUUGUGACGUCAAGAUACGAUGAAAAUGUUAUGAAAAACAUAUCAUUGGAAAUGAAUUUAGUUGCACUGAUUUUCGGUGUUUCUUAUCCAAGUGAAUCAAGGAAAAUUUAUUUGAGAAUCUUUCUGAUAUCGCUUGUAAUAUUUUUCCUGGUAGUUCAAGCAGCUUAUCAAGGCUCGUUAUUCAAAUUUCUACAAACAAACAGCAAACAUAAACAAGUGCAAUCAGUUGAUGACAUGGUUGAACGUGAUUAUAAAAUUUAUUCCAUUGGAACCACAGAUUACGUCGCAACACAUCCGAAAAUUAAAGAAAGGUUUGAGAUUGAAUUGAAACUUUAA